UCAUUUCUAUCCGUCAUAUCUUCAGACCAAGCAAGCUAAGCUAAUGUUAGCUAAAGAUGGAGGGCAGGAAUAAUACUGAAGAUCUUGAUGGACGCCUGCAAAUACUCGAGAAACGUGUUUACGGUGACAGAGGAUGUAAACCGAACAAGACAGUCAAGUGUGUAGAUUCACUUGGCAAAGUCAAUGCUGCUCUCGCAAACACGGCCAACAAGAGGGAGCGUGUCAAGAUUCUUCACAAAAAAAGUAAGACUGAAGAUCUACUGAAGUAUUUGGAUCCUCAGUUCACUGAUUACAUAGCUGUACCAGAUGCCAUGAAGUUGGAAUUCAUUCUUGCAGAGGAGGAUUUCUUGCGUACUCAAGCAUCCAUGCUUGAGCAGGUCCACACUCUGCAGCCUUAUCUGGACAGCAACCACAUCAAAUCUGUUCCAGAACUCACCACAAAACUACAGCGUCUUUCACAGCUCCAUAUUAAACAACAGGACCAGAAUGAAGAACUAUCUGCGGAAGUGAAGAGGUUGUUUGAGGAGUACAACAAGAUGAUGUUCCUGCUGUCUAAACAGUUUGCCCAGUGGGAUGAAACUCUUCGGAAGCUCGAAGGACCCAAACCUGGACAGAAAGUGGAGUAGCUCCAGAAUAUCCACAUCACUAUUAUUUAAAGAUGCAUUGAAGCAGUUCUACACAAAAUGUCAUUUGACAUUUUGUCAUUUGCCUAUUUGUCCCUUUGCUUCAUGUUUUUGAACAUGAUUUUGUACAAAUGCAAACACUUUCUGUUUGUAUUUAAGAACUGAUUGAACUCCUAUGUUGUCAUAUUUAAUACUUUCCUCUUGAGUUUAAUUAGUGUUUUUGACCAUUUUAAUUGCUGUUUCAGCAAUCAGCAAUCUGUUUCAGUGACUGCCUGAUGUAUGUGUGUAAAGUUAGGUUUUAGUCGAGAGA